AUGGAAGUGAUGAUGAGGGUGGUGUAUUCUCCUGACAUGAGGCUCAUAUUGGUGCUGCACUUCACACUGACAGCCGCCACUGUCAACGAUAACGACACCAACGGGUCUAACAGGCUGAUCAUCGGCUUCCAGGCUCCCUGGAACAUCUCGUUCCCCUUCAGCGCCCUGCGGCUGGGCUCCGCCCUGCAGAUCGCCGUGGAGAAGGUGAACACCAACCCCUCCUUCCUGGGGAACUACAGUCUGGAUUUUGUCUUCAAGGAUACAGACUGUAGUCCUAAAGUUUCCCUGGGAGGAUUCAUUCAGCAGGUGUGGAGAGAGAAUGUGUCCGCGCUGUUUGGUCCAGCGUGUCCCGAAGAAGCUGAGGUCACCGGUCUCAUUGCAUCGACAUGGAACAUCCCCAUGUUUGGAUUUGUGGGUCUAUCCGCUAAAAUGGACAACAGUGACAUCUACGAUUCCUACAUCAAAGUCGUGCCGCCUCUUAAAAGAAGCUCGGAGGUCCUGAUAAAGACCCUGGAGUUCUUUGGAUGGAGCCACGUGGCGAUGAUCGGAGGGGGCUUAGAAUCGAACACUUGGGACAAAGUUGAUGCUCUGUGGAAAACCAUCGAGGAGCCCCUGAGAGCCAAAUUCCAACUAGCUGCUGCGCUCAAGUUUGACACCAGCAAUCAGAAGCUGAUUUACCGAAAUGUUAAAUUAAUCUCAACAGUGGCCAGAGUGAUUGUGGUGCUAACAAACUCAGAGGACUCCAUGGCUCUGUUGCUGGAGGCUGAGCGACAGGGUCUGAUGAAUGGUGACUAUGUGUUCUUCCUGGUGCAGCAUUUUGAAGUCAGUGGCAGUGUGGAUAACUUGUGGAAAUAUGCCGUGAACAACAGGAUGGACCAAGCUGCCAUCAGAGCUUUUGACAUGACCUUCAUUAUUGGCCAGAAAUCCUACGAUGGCUACGAGUAUUUUGACUUCUUUGAGCGAGUUUUUCAAAGACUUAAGGAACACCCGUUUCAGAGCCACCUGUCUUCUGAAAGAGAGGUUAGCCCGUACGCUGCCUACCUGCACGACGCAGUGCUUCUUUACGCCAUGGGGCUGAAGGAAGUCCUCAAAGAUGGAAAAGACCCUCGAGACAGAAAGGAGCUCCUGCGGAGAUUAAAAAAUAAAAACAACAUUCGAUUUAAUGGGGCCUCUGGACUAGUCCAUUUUGACGAAGAGGGGGAGAGAAAUUUGGACUAUUCCAUUUAUGACCUGCAGCUUGUGGGAGACCAAACCAAGUUUGUAUCCAUCCUCAAUUUCGACAGUCAGACCAAAGAUGUCCGGCCAACGUCUAUGUUUGCUUCUGUGGUCUGGCCAAGAGCAGGACCUCCCUCUGACAAACCAGAAUGCGGGUUCAACAAUGAGCUCUGUGAAUGGCUCAUUAAUGACAUCGCCCUGCUGGCUCUGCUCGUGGGCUUCCCCCUCAUUGGUAUUCUGGCCGUUUUGUGCAUCGGAAUCCUAGUUCUGCAGAAGUUUCGUCUCCAGACGAGGCUGGAUGGCUCCCGCUGGUGGCUGAUCAACUACAGCGACAUCACCAUCAUCAAGGGAUUUCAUGGUAUAUCUCUGAGCACCACGGCCAGUCCGAGAGAGAGCAACAGCUCUCACACUAAUUUGUCCAACAACAGCAUGAGGGACAAGCCAGUGAGAGAACACAUCUACACCACCAUAGGUCUCUACCAGGGAAAUCAAGUGGCCAUCAAGUACCUCAAGAACAACAUUAGCUCGCAUUUCGGGAAACCUUCAAUAAUCGCAGAGUUCAAUACGAUGAAAGAGAUGAAACAUGAGAACUUGGUUCAGUUCUUUGGUGUUUGCAUCGUGUCACCAAAUGUCUGUUUGGUCAUCCAGUAUUGCAGGAAAGGCAGUCUGAAGGAUCUUAUGAAGUCAGAUGUUGACCUGGAUGCGAUGUUCAAGCUGUCUUUUGCUUACGACAUUGUCAAUGGUAUGGAGUUUAUUCACAAAAGUAACCUGAAAUUUCAUGGGAACCUGAAGCCCAGCACAUGUCUGGUGGACAGUCGACUCCAGGUUAAACUCACUGGCUUUGGCCUGUGGGAGUUUAAAUACGGGAACCAAAAGAAGUUUGUCCCACUGGAAAACCCUGUUCAUGAAGAGAUUUACUGGACAGCCCCCGAGCUUCUGAGACAUCUCGGUCUUCAGGUCAAUGGGACGCCCAAAGCUGACAUCUACAGCUUUGCCAUCAUCAUGUGGGAGCUCAUGUACAAUGCUAAGUCUGGCCCUUAUCAGGACAUCAACCUGGAGCCCAAAGAGAUUAUCAUGCAGUUGCGGACGCCUUUCCAAGGGGAACCCCUCCGCCCAGUACUCUGUGAUAUGCUGUGUGAUGAGAAAAUAAACGUAGUGCUGAAAGCCUGCUGGAAUGAAAACCCUGACCGCCGACCGCCGUUUUCAUCUAUACGGAGAGAGCUGAGGAACAUAAGCCCAGAAAGUCAUGCGAAUAUACUCGAUAGUAUGGUGGAAAAGUUGGAGAAAUAUGCAAAUCACUUGGAGGAGGUGGUGGAGGAGAGGACCGAUCAGCUCACAGCGGAGAAGAUCCGUGCAGAUAAGCUUCUCUCCACCAUGUUACCAAGGAUCAUCGCCGAUCAGUUGAUGGCGGGGAAGUCGGUGGAGCCACAGAGCUACAGCAUGGUUACCGUCUUCUUCUCCGACAUCGUGGGCUUCACUUCGAUGUGCUCCGUCAGCUCUGCGAUGGAGGUGGUGACGUUCCUCAAUGACCUCUACAGCCUCUUUGAUGAUGUCAUCAAGCUGUACGAUGUCUAUAAAGUGGAAACAAUUGGUGAUGCAUACAUGGUAGCCAGUGGUCUACCCAUCAGCAAUGGCAAUCAGCACGCUUUGGAGAUAUCUACAAUGGCUUUGCAUUUCCUGGGAGCCAUCAAAGUCUUCAAAAUCCACCAUAUGCCCAAUGAGAGUCUUGCAAUCCGCAUUGGUAUACAUUCUGGUCCAGUGGUUGCUGGAGUGGUAGGCACCACUAUGCCACGCUACUGUCUCUUUGGCGACACGGUGAACACUGCGUCUCGCAUGGAAAGCAACAGCUUACCCCUGAAGAUUCACAUAUCUCAGUGCACUGCUGACAUUCUGUUCCAGGCUGGAUCGUUUGAGCUGGAGGAAAGAGGAGCAAUAGAAAUGAAGGGUAAAGGAUCUCACAAGACUUACUGGCUGCUGAGCAAACAGGAAUUUAAUCCUCCUCUUAUUGCUCACAGCUCUCCACACGCUAAUAAUCUGAAACAACAAACAGAGAAACUAGGAAUGGUCAGAGUCGCUGAGAAACGGGCCCAUAAAACCCUCACAAAAUCUAUGAUGACUAGAGUAGACAUGUAG